AUGAACUUUUGGAGAGUGUUCAAGUCCGUACAAGCCUUGGCUGCUCACAUCUUCCUCUUCUCUUUCACUCUCGCUUUGGUUCUCAAGCUCAAUCACACCUUCUCUUACUCUUGGUGGGUUGUGUGUCUACCUCUGUGGGCUUUCCAUGCUGUUGUUGCAAGGGGAAGAUUCUCGCUUCCUGCUCCAAUCGCUCCUCAUAACCGUCAUUGGGCUCCAUGUCAUGCUGUUGUCGCAACACCGUUGCUUGUAGCUUUCGAGUUGCUCCUCUGUGUAUACCUCGAGACUGCCUAUGCUCCUUGGCCACCAGCUGUGAGCUUGAAGAUUGUUUUUCUCCCUUUAUUGGCGUUUGAAGUGAUUAUACUAGUGGACAAUGCCAGAAUGUGUCGUGCACUGAUGCCUGGAGAUGAAGAGAGCGUAAAUGAUGAAGCAAUAUGGGAAGCACUUCCUCAUUUCUGGGUUGCGAUUUCCAUGGUGUUCUUUCUGGCUGCUACAGUCUUUACCCUUCUAAAGCUGUCUGGCGAUGUAGCUGCUCUUGGCUGGUGGGAUUUAUUCAUCAAUUUCGGAAUUGCAGAGUGCUUUGCUUUUCUUGUUUGUACAAAAUGGUCCAAUCCAGUAAUUCAUAGAAGCACACGUGUCAGAGAACCCGGGUCAUCUUCUACCACGACUAGAUAUUUUGACUGGAACAGUGGCCUUGUGGGUUUUUCAGAAGAUGAUAGGCACCAAGAUCCUUGUAGCCUGCAAGACAUUGGUGGUCAUAUUAUGAAAAUUCCCCUCAUUGUGUUUCAAGUGGUGCUUUGCAUGCAUCUUGAGGGGACUCCUGAAAGUGCUAAGUAUAUACCUGUCCCAGUGCUGUUUUCUCCACUUUUCAUACUGCAAGGCAUUGGUGUUCUAUUUGCUGCUUCAAAAUUAAUAGAGAAGGUUGUUCUAUUGCUGCGCGGCGAAGAUGAUACAGGGUUGUAUUUUAGAUUUUCAUCAAGAGCCCAUGAUUGCUUGGGUUUCUGGCACCAUGGAUCCAGGCUACUAGGUUGGUGGUCAAUUGAUGAAGGAAGCCGAGAGGAGCAAGCUCGACUAUACUUUGAUAAAGAGUCUGGUUACAAUACCUUCUGUGGUCAUCCGCCUGAAAUAGUCAAGAAAAUGCCUAAGAAAGAUCUUGCUGAGGAGGUGUGGAGGCUUCAAGCAGCACUUGGUGAACAAACAGAAAUCACGAAAUUCAGCCAGCAGGAAUAUGAGAGACUGCAAAACGAGAAAGUGCUGUGUAGGGUUUGUUUCGAAAGAGAAAUCAGUGUGGUAUUGCUUCCAUGUAGACACCGUGUUCUCUGCAGAGACUGCUCAGACAAGUGUAAAAAAUGUCCCUUCUGCCGUAUAACCAUCGAAGAGCGGCUCCCCGUAUAUGAUGUUUAA